AUGGCCCCUCACGCGGAAGAAAGCACGGGCUCCUCGAACGGGAAUGGCUAUGCCAAUGGCCACACGGCGUCCACUGGUGCUGCUCAGAGCACCUUCGUCGUGAACUCCCCCAAUGUCAAUUAUACUGAGUCGGAAAUCCGCUCCAAGUAUACUUAUCGUACCACCAGCGUCGAGACUGACGCCAAUGGAAACUUUGUGGCGACUCCCAAGGAAACGCUCUACGACUUCAAGGUCGACCGCAAGGUUCCCAAGGUUGGCAUGAUGCUUGUCGGCUGGGGUGGUAACAAUGGUACCACCGUCACCGCGGGUAUCAUUGCCAACCGCCGCAAGCUUGUGUGGGAUACCAAGGAAGGCGUCCAGGAGGCCAACUACUAUGGCUCCGUCGUCAUGAGCUCCACCGUCAAGCUUGGAGCCGACGCCAAGACCAACCAGGAGGUCAACAUUCCCUUCCACAAUCUCCUGCCCAUGGUCCACCCCAACGACCUGGUCAUUGGCGGCUGGGACAUCAGCUCGCUGAACCUGGCUCAGGCCAUGGAUCGCGCCAAGGUCCUGGAGCCUGCCCUGAAGGCUCACGUCAGGAAGGAGAUGGCUGGGUUGACCCCUCUUCCCUCCAUCUACUACCCCGACUUCAUUGCCGCCAACCAGGAAGACCGAGCUGACAACGUCAUUGAGGGCUCCAAGGCCUCGAUGGCUCAUGUCGAGCACCUCCGAAAGGACAUUCGCGACUUCAAGGCCAACAACAACCUUGACAAGGUGAUUGUUCUGUGGACCGCCAACACUGAGCGAUUCGCCGACCUCAUUGAUGGAGUCAACGACACUGCCGAUAACCUUCUCAAGGCUAUUGAGCAGGGUCACGAGGAGGUCUCUCCUUCCACCAUCUUUGCUGUUGCCUGUAUCCUGGAGGGCGCACCUUUUAUCAAUGGCUCUCCUCAGAACACCUUUGUUCCUGGUGCUAUUGAGCUUGCUGAGAAGCACAAUGCCUACAUUGGUGGCGAUGACUUCAAGUCUGGCCAGACCAAGAUGAAGUCCGCCCUGGUGGAUUUCCUUAUCAAUGCCGGUAUCAAGUUGACCUCUAUUGCCAGCUACAACCACCUUGGUAACAACGACGGCAAGAACUUGAGCUCUCAGAAGCAGUUCCGCUCCAAGGAAAUCUCCAAGUCCAAUGUCGUGGAUGACAUGGUCGCGGCUAACGACAUUCUGUACAAGAAGGGCGAGCACCCCGACCACUGCGUUGUCAUCAAGUACAUGCCCGCUGUUGGCGACAAUAAGCGUGCUCUUGAUGAGUACUACGCUGAGAUCUUCCUCGGUGGCCACCAAACCAUCUCUCUGUUCAACAUCUGCGAGGACUCUCUCCUGGCCUCGCCCCUGAUCAUUGACCUUGUCGUGGUUGCUGAGAUGAUGACUCGUAUCCAGUGGAAGGCUGCUUCCAAUGACGGCCACGAGACUGCUGAAUUCAAGCAGUUCCACAGCGUCCUUAGUGUCCUCAGCUACAUGCUCAAGGCUCCCCUGACUCCUCCGGGCACUCCCGUUGUGAACGCUCUGGCUAAGCAGCGUGCGGCAUUGACCAACAUCUUCCGCGCUUGCGUUGGCCUGGAGCCGGAAUCUGAAAUGACUCUGGAGCACAAGCUGUUCUAA